AUGGGGGUCACGGCUGGAGGAGCAUGUGGAGAAGGAGGCUAUUCACCUUAUGGCAUACAGGAAGGAGAGAGCAAGGAAAGGACUGAGACCAAGUUUAGCCCUCAAAGGCAUGCCACCGGUGACCUACCUUCUCCAACCAAGUCCCAUCCCCUAAGGUUUCCAGAACCUCCCAAAAUAACACCGCCACCUGGGGACCAAGUGAUGAUCUUGUGGGGGACAUUUCAUAUUCAAGCCGUAGCAAGACUCAUCAUCAUAACCUAUUACACCAGGAGGUGCCUUGUCCAUCCUAUUCUUCAGCAGGUCAUCAAUCCUGUGAUCUUGAAUAACAAGCGGCUUGCUCUGGCCAAUCUGGCCCAGCUUGGGCAGCUGCUUUUUCUUCUGGGCAGCGAAGAAGUUGUGUCCUGCAGGACGGUGCGUGUCUGUUCUGCGUCCCGGUCUCCGGUGAGAGAAGUGAGCAGCUCCGGUGGACUCCACUCAUUCCGGAGACGCAGAGCGUGUUUUCCUCCUCCCGGAAAGUGCGCAGUGUGCUUCGCUCUCCAGCUUCUCAUCUCCGGUGCGUCUUCUUCUCCCGAAGAGUGUCCAGUGAUCUUCGCUCUCCAGCUUCUCGUCUCCGGUGAGUCUUCUCCAGGAAAGCGUCCAGUGAUCUUCGCUCUCCAGCUUCUCAUCUCCGGUGCGUCGUCUUCUCCCGAAGAGUGUCCAGUGAUCUUCGCUCUCCAGCUUCUCGUCUCCGGUGCGUCGUCUUCUCCCGAAGAGUGUCCAGUGAUCUUCGCUCUCCAGCUUCUCGUCUCCGGUGCGUCGUCUUCUCCCGAAGAGUGUCCAGUGUGCUUCGCUCUCCAGCUUCUCGUCUCCGGUGAGUCUUCUCCAGGAAAGCGUCCAGUGUGCUUCGCUCUCCAGCUUCUCAUCUCCGGUGCGUCUUCUUCUCCCGAAGAGUGUCCAGUGAUCUUCGCUCUCCAGCUUCUCGUCUCCGGUGCGUCGUCUUCUCCCGAAGAGUGUCCAGUGAUCUUCGCUCUCCAGCUUCUCGUCUCCGGUGCGUCGUCUUCUCCCGAAGAGUGUCCAGUGACCUUCGCUCUCCAGCUUCUCGUCUCCGGUGCGUCGUCUUCUCCCGAAGAGUGUCCAGUGUGCUUCGCUCUCCAGCUUCUCGUCUCCGGUGAGUCUUCUCCAGGAAAGCGUCCAGUGUGCUUCGCUCUCCAGCUUCUCAUCUCCGGUGCGUCUUCUCCCGAAGAGUGUCCAGUGAUCUUCGCUCUCCAGCUUCUCGUCUCCGGUGCGUCGUCUUCUCCCGAAGAGUGUCCAGUGAUCUUCGCUCUCCAGCUUCUCGUCUCCGGUGCGUCGUCUUCUCCCGAAGAGUGUCCAGUGAUCUUCGCUCUCCAGCUUCUCGUCUCCGGUGCGUCGUCUUCUCCCGAAGAGUGUCCAGUGAUCUUCGCUCUCCAGCUUCUCGUCUCCGGUCAAAUGAACCUAAUCAAGAGCAUACCAUCUUCCACUAACUGUUCUGCAGAGUCUGGCAGCUAUCCAGCACCGAAGCAGCUAGGAACCCCAGCCUUUCCUGAGGAAUUCAUGCAUAGUUUAUGUUUCAGUAAUUUUUCUGUCAUUCAGCUUCUGCAUUAA